AUGGAAGAUAAAUAUAUUCUCGCAUUGGAUAUUGGAACUACAACCAUACGAGCAUUUAUUUAUAACUCUCGUACAGAAACUAUAGCUAAGGCAGUUGAUCAUGUAAUACUGCAUUAUCCAGAACCAGGCUAUGUGGAGAUUGAUCCUGAUGAAUUAUGGAACUCUGUUGUUGAUGUCAUUAAUAAGGCUUUAAAUAGUGCCAAGUUAAGUCCUAGACAAAUAACUGCGAUGGGAAUUUCAACACAGCGGAGUACUUUUACCACAUGGUCUAGAGUAACAGGAAGACCAUUUCAUAGAUUCAUCACAUGGAAGGAUUUAAGAGCCGAUAAACUAGUAAAAUAUUGGAAUAAUUCAUAUUUGUGGAAGUUUAUAAAGGUUGGUGCUUAUGUACUGUAUAUGGUAUCAAGAAGUAAAAGAUUUAAGGCUGGAAGUGUUUUUAAAUUUUCAAAUAAUCAGACUACUCUGCGACUCUAUUGGGCUCUACUUAAUGUACCCGAAUUGAAAAUUGCAAUUGAGAAAAAUGAUGCAAUGUUUGGCACAUUAGAUACAUGGCUUUUAUAUAAAAUGACAGAUAAGAAAAUACACAUGACUGAUGUAUCUUCAGCGUCAGCGACGGGUUUCUUCGACCCGUUCACUAUGCAGUGGGCGGGGUGGGCCAUGUCCAUAUUUGGUAUAUCCUUUGACAUGUUGCCCACAAUUGUGGACACUGCAGGCGACCACUUUACCAGUACAGCAAAGGAGAUAUGGGGGCAUGCUAUACCCAUCAAGAGUUGUAUAGCUGACCAAACAGCUUCCAUGUGGGGCUCAUGUUGCUUCGACGUUGGAGACGUGAAGCUAACGAUGGGGACUGGGACAUUCUUCAACAUAAACACGGGUUCUUCGCCCCACGCCAGCGUGUCGGGGCUUUAUCCUGUAGUGGGGUGGAGAUUGGGGCAGGAAUUGGUCUUCUCGGCGGAAGGGGCAAAUAAUGAUACCGCUAGUAUUAUUAAAUGGGCCCAUAAUUUGGGCCUAUUCGAAAAACCAGAAGAUACAGCUGACAUAGCGAUGUCUGUCCCGGAUUCGGAUGGCGUGUUCUUCAUACCGGCUUUUAGUGGACUAGGGCCCCCAUACAACGAUUGUACGGCGGCUUCAGGCUUUAUAGGAAUGAAGCCUUCGACAACCAAGUCGCAUCUAGUACGAGCGGUUUUGGAGGCGAUAGCCUUUCGUACGGCGCAGUUGUACGAUUGUGUACGAAAGGAAACGAACUAUACGUUCAAUACUAUACGUAUGGACGGUGGCGUGUCUAACAAUGAUUUCGUGGCCCAAUUGGUAGCGGACCUCACAGGGCUCAAAGUGGAAAGACCGGCUGAAGUUGAAAUGUCUUCGCUUGGAUGUGCUCAUUUAGUUGGACUCACUUUAGGUAUAUUCAAAUCGAAAGAGGAGCUUAAAUCUCUCCGUAAAAUAGGUACUGUAUUUUCACCGCGUGCGCACGUCAAAAAAUCGUACGACGUCACGAUUUCCCGUUGGGAAAACGCCGUCAAACGGAUGUGUGGAUGGUAUAUAGACAAUAAGUCGUCCCAAAAUAGUAUUUCUGAUAGUUCGGUGACGCCCCAAAAUAGCUUCAAGAAUGGCAAGGCGAAAUAG